AUGGCCAACGCAGACCGUGCCCACCAGAGCGAGCUCUGGUGCUCCGACACCCGGAGCAGCAGCCCAAAAGCCACCGGCGCCGCAGCCGCGGACUUCGAGCGCCGCUACCGGAGCGUGUCCCAGGCCGGCCGUGCCGUGCCAGCGGUUUGGUGCUUCGGCGACCCGGACGCGGAGCGGCGGAGGCGGGUGGCGAGCUACAAGGCGUACUCGGUGGAGGGGAAGGUGAAGGCGUCGCUGCGCAAGGGCUACGGCUGGGUCAAGGCGAAGUGCUCCGGGAUCGUGCGUGGCUGGUAGGGAGCGCCGCCGCCACCUGGGCACGGGGUAUGGCACUCCGGUCAUCUCAUGGAGGUGCAUUUUGGGGUUGGCACGUAAGGAUUCGUAAUGUACCGAUUGUGCUUAAUUUAUGAUCAUAUAGCAACGCAUUGGAUUUUCUUUUAUUUU